GAUCAGCUGUUCCCACGCAACGUUGGUCAAGCUGAAUUCGGAAAGCAAACGAGGAUCAGCAGGAACCCUGCAUCCACUGCACAUUGCAAAUGCAUGCCUCGACGCUUGUUCAUGAGCAAAUGUCUUCCGGUCAUCAACUUCCUUGAUGUACGUAGACAAGUCGAAGACCAUAUCAAGAAAUGAACCCGCGAAUGUUGAGACGCAUUUGCAGCAAUUACACCCCGAGUGUUGAAGAACGGAUGUUCUAUGAGAUCCUCACGAAAACACACCCUGACUCAUGGAAUCAUGUGGGACAGAAGUCGCGAAGUGCGAUGUGGAAACAUUUGCUCUCAAUCGCGUCUUACCAAUGAGUGAAAAUGAAUACCACUGUGGAGGAGAGUCAAAAAACGAAUUGAAGCAUCGAACACAUUCGAGGUGAGGAUGAGAACGAUUGUAGGAUCAAAUUGAUGCGGACUAGAUGAAAAGAAACCAGCGUUGUUGCUGCAUCCUCCAAAACAUUCGGUGAGACCGAUGGGAGUCAGGCAGGUGAUACGUGUAUCAAAAGAUGAAUCCACGCUGAAAAUGCAACCGUGUCCAGGGCUGUACCCAUCCUCGGAGGGAGAAUAGAAAUACGACACAGCUCAUACCGUAAAACUGCAAACUCCGAAACUGACGCAGUCUCUGAUAUUGAGUUUGUCAUGAAUGCUUCCAUUUUCAGUGCGGAAACUACGGCUCCAUCGAUAUUCACGCGGCCGGCUGUGAAAGUUUCAGUGGGGACUAAGCCACAUUUGAACAACCAAGCGAAAUUCGCGCUGGUCAUUUCGGGUCGACAAUCGAAAUGGUGAUUGAGUACUCAGUCGUCUUACCAAGCCUCCCGCUCUGGGAUCAAUGAACCACUAGCUGAGUGUGACAAACACAGGUGGUCAGAGGCACGACCCUGUGACGACUCCGCUGGAACAGGGAGUUGGAAUGAUGGACUAUGGGGAAGAUUGGGGUAGGUAAAUUGUUCUCUUAUCUAGGAAAUUGGUUUGAAGGUUACCCGCGGUAAAAUGAGCGGCAUGUAAGGAUUUAUAAGAAACCAU